AUGCAGUUCUUCUUUCCAAAGAAGCACAAGCACCAUAAGAUCUUCCUUUGGCUGAUGGUCGGGGAAUUUCCGAUCACCAUCGUAAUGCUGACAUUGACUGGUAUCGCUUCCCACAAUCUAUACCGGACAUUAUUAUGGCAAGAUGGAGCAGACAAUGGGUUCAACAGUGCCCCGAACGAGGCACUGUAUGCAGCAGCGAACUACAGACCAUUCACACCCCCCAUGGUUUGGUCCGGAUUCAUCACCAAUUACAACCUUGUCCUCGGUGUUCUGAGCACCUUCUUCCUCAUCACAAAACUACCUACUCACUGGAUGAACCUAUUUUAUCCCCCGUCGCGGUCGCCACACCCCCAGUCAGGAGCCCCGUGGUACAUCGCGAAGAAUUGCAGUGUCGCCUUUAGAAAGUCCAAUGUUGGAUACUGCAUGCAAGCCAAAGCGCUCUUUGCUGUGACCGUCAUCAUGAUUCUCUACUAUACAGUCAUCCUUGGCUUCAGUAUCCACUCCUGCUUCAUCACCCCCGGAGAACGGGAAGAGAUCCUGGAACAAAGAGAGGAGCGUCGCAUUGAGAAGGAGUUCGAGGAAGAGAUCAUUAAGUCACCCGGCAUGAUUCCCAUGACCCCCGGCUCAAUGCCUCGAGGACCAGGCAUGGUUCCCCGCACCCCCGGGGUUCCGCCCAUGGCCGUUGGAGGAAAUACCUCACCUCUCGCACCUCGCACGCUGGCCUUCAACCGACUUGGCAAUGACAGUACCGCCUCUGACCUCCCUCUGAGAGACAACUCUCGCGUGCCUCAGCCCCAAUACACCUCCGUGCAAUCGCAUGAAGUCAGCCCUGAGAGUUCGGUAGCGUCGCCUAUGUACUUCCCGCCGCCGCCAAAGAAGGCUGCCAAGCCCUGA